UUACACAAGCUUUGGGAGAAGUUAACGGGCAAAAAACUUGAUGUUCUUGAAGUUACACAAUCGGAAGAAGGGCAAAGACAAAAAUUAAAUAUUGUUCUGAAUGCUGUAAAUCAUACUUUGGGAUUUCACCAAAAAAUACCAAAAUGGUCAGUUGAAAGCGUGCACUCAAAAAAUAUCGUUGCCAUUUUGCAUUUGCUGGUUGCUUUAGUAAGGCAUUUUAGAGCACCUGUACGUCUUCCAGAAAAUGUAUUCGUGACGGUAGUGAUUGCUCAAAAGAAUGGAGGAGUUUUGAAUGCUCAAAAAUUCCAAGAGCAAAUUACAUCUGAAUAUGACGAUGUCGGUAUGCGUUGUGAAAAAGAUGCUUUCGAUACUUUGUUUGACUGUGCCCCUGAUAAAUUAGCGGUGGUUAAAAAGUCCCUCAUUACUUUCGUGAAUAAACAUUUGUCCAAAUUGAAUUUCGAAAUCAACGACCUCAAUAGCGAUUUUCGCGAUGGUGUGUAUUUGUGUCUUCUAAUGGGUUUACUAGGAGGAUUUUUUGUACCGUUGCACGAAUUUCACCUAACUCCUCAAGACACGGAUCAAAUGGUGGCAAAUGUUGCAUUUUCAUUUGAUCUUAUGCAAGAUGCAGGAUUGCCCAAACCAAAAGCCCGGCCAGAAGAUAUCGUAAAUAUGGAUCUAAAGUCAACUUUGCGUGUUUUAUACAGCUUAUUUACAACGUUUAGAAGCUAUGCAUAGACCGAAAUAUACAAUGUU